GUGUUAAGGAGACUGAAGGAGAAAUUCGUCAUUCCCAGGUAACUGAAAAGAUUAUGCACAAUUGUGAGAUUGAAGGUUCUUUGUCUUCUGGUUCUCAUCCAAAUAAUUGCCUAGAAGAUACCUGUCUGAAUGGUGCACAGCCAUUGGAACGUGAAAAUGCUCGAUCAGCCAUUCCUGGAAUAGAUUUGGCCCCCACUCAAUCAGACAAGUGCAAAAGUGAUAAUGAUGCUGAAGCAACGGAUAACUCAUUGUUGGAAACCAUUAAAUUUGAAUUAUUGAACGAUGAUUCUGAAAGUUGUCCUUGUAGUGAAUCCAUGGAGGAUCAAUCAUUGUCUUCCUUCUCACAUCCUAAUACCGUAGAUGAGUUUCUCAAUGCCAGCUUUGUUAGAGUGCUGGACUUUAAGGAGCAUUCACAGAUUCCUGCAGAAUCAAAGGGAAAAAGUGAAGAUAUUGAUCGUGUUAAAGAGGCUCAAGUAGCAUGUCCAUAUUCCCAAGGCCAAGAGAGUGAAGAAAUUAUGUCCAAUUCUAAAAUUGACAGUUCCAGGUGUCCUGGUUCUCAUCCAAAUGAUUGCCAAGUGCUUUCAGUUUCGGAAUAUACAAAUACACCAUUGCUUUCGGAUGGUGCAGAGGUAUUGGAACGUGGAAAUGCUCAAUCAGAAUAUAAUUACCAAGCAAGUUCUGGAUUUCACUUUGGUUCACCACAGCUUGCUGCAGAACAGAUACAUGCUGAAGAUAGUUUUCUUGAAAGUUUGCCAAACAAUUUUGGUAUAGAAUCAGACCCCUUUCAACUAAACAGGAGCAAUAGUGAUUUGCAUGCUGAACUAGCACAAGCAACAGAUGACCGCUCCUGGACUUCCCAUGAGUAUACAACAUGUAAAGAUGACGGGAAGUGUUUUACUCCUUGUGAAUCCAUGGAGCUCGAAUCAUUGUCUUCCUUUGGGUGCCAUUCACAGAUUCAAGAAAAAUCAAAGGCUUCAGUUGAGGGUUCUUCAUCUUUAUCAGAAUCAGCAUGUGAUGCGACUUCCAAAUUUCAUGAACAAGAAGUUAAUCACCUUGAACUAAUGGAUUCUGUUGACCCUCAGCAGAAACGUCCAGAUUUAAGAAAUAAUAAUUCAAAGGAAAAUCACUUUCAAAAAUCAUUAUCAAAUGAAAAAGACGGUUAUGUUCUACCCCUAGAUUCAGAUGGUGACUCGAAGUUUGAGGGAAAAUUAAUCUACUCUUCUUCUAUAGGACAGCAUUUGGUCAAUGCACUUUUAACAGAAGAAGGUUCAAAGAAGAUGUGCAGUUCUGGGGCCAACAGGGAAACAGGUGAGAAUGAAAAUGAGAAUGAUGUUUCCAGCAUUCCUUCUGAAGGGAAAUUAAAUAUCCAAGAUAUAAAUGCUGCUGAAAACUAUAGUAGCAAUGCCGAGGCAAAUCUUCUUCUGCGUUUUGAUAACAUACUGUGGUCAGCCUCCAGUGCCACAAAUUCUGUCACCAGCAGCCUAGAGGAUGCAUCCCAGUUGAGCAGUAAAAUCAGUUCAUUGCAGAAAGGGGACAACAAAGAAUUGGACCAGAUGUUAAAGACUGGUUCAGGAAUGGAAUUUUCCCCAGAAAAAUUAAAGGACCAGCUGCUUCAGAAGCAUCUGAAAGAGAAGUUGCGUGUAUGGAUCUUACAGAAGAAAGCUGAAGGUGGUUAUGGCCCUAGGAUAUUGGAUGAGGAUGGACAAGGUGUUCUACAUUUGGCAGCUGCACUUGGCUAUGAUUGGGCUUUGAAGCCUACUAUAGAUGCUGGUGUAAGAGUUGAUUUCCUUGAUGUGAAUGGAUGGACUGCACUUCACUGGGCAGCAUCUUGUGGCAGGUGAACAGCUCAACACUUCUUUUGAUUAUUUCUAUUUAAGGUUACCAUUCUUCUAUGUUUCUUUAGCUCUUUUCCUUUUUGAGCAUUUUGCUGUUGUCCACAAGAGAAGAUCCAAAGAAGACUCUAAAAUAAUGGCUCUGCAGGUUAGCAAAUACUCCAUAAUCAGGGAAAAUAUGUCUUUCUUGAAAUUUCAGAUUCAAACAUACGUGAAAAAUGCCAUAUCAUCUGACAUUUCAU